CAAAUCUACGUUUGACUCGGGCUUUCAUUAAGAAAUGACUCUACUUAGCUCAUCACAACUGCUGUCAUGUGGUUGAAAUAACCUUUUUUGAGCGUGAACAAGUUAUCAAAAAAGUUGAAAAACUCUAUAGAUUGCGGCACAAACCCGUCAAGCUUUUUCGAGCGUCCGCUGAUCCCCCACCCGUGUAGUGCAGCACCUGAUGCGGCAGGGUCCACCCCACUCCCACUUGCCGACGUUGCCGCCACCAUGGCCAUCGCUCUCUCUGUCUCUCCCUCUCAGCCUCUGCCACCCUUCAAAGCCCUGCACGCCAAAGAAAGGACCCUGCACCCUCCUCCUGCACCAAAUUCAGCAAGGCAGCUAGCAUGGUACGGCUCCCUCCCAUGUCUCGUGCCGCUGCCGCGGCCUUCUUGUUCCUUGUCUCGCUCGCCGCCUCCAUCGCGCCGUCGUUGGAGGCGUCGUCCGCGGGCGCCAGUGAAUCCUCCGUCCUGCUUGCCUUCUACGCCUCCUUGCCGCCAGCCUCCCGGCGCGUCCUCCGCCCGUCGUGGAAGGCCACCAACAUCACCACCAGCAGGGGCCGCUGCCGCGGCGUCGCAUCGACCCACUGCGCGUUUCGCGGCGUUGAGUGCUCUGCAGCCGGCGCCGUCGCUGCAGUCAACCUCUCCGGAGCGGGGCUGUCCGGAGCGCUCGCGGUGUCAGCGCCCCAGCUCUGCGCGCUCCCGGCGCUAGCCACGCUUGACCUCAGCCGGAACCGGUUCACGGGCCCCGUCCCCGCCGCGCUCGCCGCGUGCUCCGGGGUCACCGCGCUCCACCUCGGCUGGAACAACCUCACCGGCGCGGUCCCGCCGGAGCUCCUCUCCUCGAGCCGGCUCCGGAAGAUCGACCUCAGCUACAACUCACUCACCGGGAACAUCUCCACCACCGUGCCCUCUGUCUCGCCGGUUCUCGAGUACGUCGACCUCAGCGUCAAUGCCCUCUCCGGCAUCAUACCGCCAGAGCUCGCCGCCCUCCCGGCGCUCUGCUACCUGGACCUGAGCUGCAACAAUCUGUCCGGGCCAAUGCCAGAGUUCCCGGCGCGGUGCCGGCUCGUCUACCUCAGCCUCUACACCAACCAGCUGGCCGACGAGCUUCCCCGGAGCCUCUCCAACUGCGGCAACCUCACCACCUUCUACCUAUCCUACAAUGGGAUUGGCGGCAAGAUGCCAGAUUUCUUUGCAUCCUUUCCGAAUUUGCAGGUGCUUUACCUUGACGACAACAAGUUCCUCGGGGAGCUGCCAGAGAGCAUAGGUGAGCUUGCAAGUCUGGAAGAACUGGUGGUGUCGAAUAAUGGGUUCACGGGAACUGUACCAGAUGCAAUUGGGAAGUGUCAGUCACUGACGUUGCUCUACUUGGACGGCAACAACUUCACCAGCUCAAUUCCGGUGUUCAUAGGUAAUUUUAGCAGAUUACAAAUGUUCUCUGUUGCUCAUAAUGGCAUUUCUGGAAGAAUUCCGCCAGAAAUUGCCAAGUGCCAGGAGUUGGUUGAGCUCCAGCUCCAGAACAACAGCCUCUCCGGGACAAUACCACCGGAGAUUGGCAAGCUUAGCCAACUGCAGAGGCUUUAUCUCCACACCAAUAACCUUAGCGGCGAGCUGCCCACAGAGAUCACUCAAAUAAGGAAGCUACGAGAGAUCUCCUUGUUCAGCAAUAGGUUCACCGGCGUGCUGCCACAGGCCCUGGGGUUGAACACAACACCUGGACUUGUUCAGGUCGACCUCACUGGCAACCACUUUCAUGGGGAAAUUCCACCUGGUCUUUGUACUGGAGGCCAGCUCAGUGUUCUUGAUCUUGGAGGCAACCAGUUCAAUGGAAGCUUCCCCAUUGAAAUUGUUAAAUGUGAGUCUCUCUGGAGGUUCAUUCUGAAGAACAACAUAAUCAGUGGGAACAUACCAGCAAAUAUGGGCACAAACAAAGGACUGUCAUACAUGGACAUUAGUGGCAAUCUGUUCGAAGGUAUGAUACCGGGUGUGAUUGGUUCAUGGCACAAUCUGACAAUGCUUGAUUUCUCCAAUAACCACUUCUCAGGACCAAUACCCCAUGAGUUUGGUGCUUUAAGCAAGCUUGAAACUCUACGCAUGUCGUCAAACAGGCUUACAGGACAGAUACCACGUGAAUUAGGUAACUGCAAGCAUCUUCUCCGUUUGGAUCUUGGAUAUAACCUUCUCAGUGGAAGUAUACCUGCAGAAAUCACAACACUUGGUAGCCUGCAAAAUCUUCUACUUGGCACAAACAACCUUACUGAAACGAUACCUGACUCCUUCACUGCAACACAGAGUCUAACUGAGCUGCAGCUUGGUGAAAAUUGUUUGGAAGGAGCAAUCCCUAUUAGCCUCGGCAACCUUCAGUACCUGUCCAAAGCUCUUAACAUUAGCCACAACAGAUUGACCAGCAUAAUUCCAAGUAGCCUAGGCAAACUUCAAGAUUUGGAAGUGCUUGACUUGUCCAAGAACUCAUUGUCCGGCUCAAUCCCAUCACAACUGAGCAACAUGGUCUCACUUUUGGUUGUGAACAUUUCAUUCAAUGAGCUCUCUGGUCAGCUCCCUGGUAGCUGGGCUAAGCUUGCAGCAAAGUCACCUGAUGGGUUUUUAGACAAUCCUCAAUUGUGCUUACAGUCUGAUUGUGUGCAUCCCCCAAAGGAUCAACCUGGGAAAUUACAAUACAGGAACAGAAGAAUUAUUGUGGCAUUGCUAAUGUCGACUCUUGCCGUCAUGGUUGCUAUCUUGUGUGCUAUUUACUACAUUGUGAAGAGGUCACAAGGCUUAUCAGCAAGUCGUAGCUCUGUCCGUAGCAUGGACACAACCGAGGAAUUGCCAGAAGACCUGACCUAUGAAGAUAUCCUUCGGGCAACAGAUAACUGGAGUGAGAAAUAUGUCAUUGGAAGAGGCCGGCACGGCACAGUCUACCGGACAGAGUGCAAGCUUGGAAAACAGUGGGCUGUAAAGACCGUUGAUCUAUCCCAAUACAAGUUCCCCAUUGAGAUGAAGAUCCUCAACACGGUGAAGCACCGGAACAUCAUCAGGAUGGAUGGCUACUGCAUCCGUGGAAGCAUUGGCCUUAUCUUAUGUGAAUAUAUGCCUGAGGGAACACUCUUCGACCUAUUUCAUCAAAGGAAGCCUCAAGUAGCCCUUGACUGGAUGACCCGGCAUCAGAUUGCCCUUGGUAUAGCACAAGGCCUCUCAUAUCUGCACCAUGACUGUGUACCCAUGAUUGUUCAUAGGGAUGUCAAAUCAAGCAACAUACUGAUGGAUUCCGAGCUAGUUCCCAAGCUCACAGACUUCGGCAUGGGAAAAAUUGUACAUGAUGAAGAUGCUGAUGCAACAGUUUCUGUUAUUGUUGGUACCCUUGGCUAUAUUGCUCCAGAGCAUGGAUACUCUACAAGAUUAACUGAGAAGAGCGAUGUCUACAGCUAUGGAGUGGUGCUACUUGAGCUUUUAUGCAGGAAGAUGCCUGUGGAUCCUUCAUUUGGAGAUGGCGUUGACAUUGCAACAUGGAUGAGAACAAAACUGAAGCAAGCAGAUCACAGCAGCAUCAUAAGCCUCAUGGAUGAGGAAAUCAUGUAUUGGCCUGAAGAUGAGCAAGAAAAGGCUCUGGACUUACUGGAUCUUGCAGUUUCAUGCUCGCAGGUGGCUUGCCAGUCUAGACCUUCCAUGAGAGAGGUGGUGAACAUGUUGAUGAAAAUAGAAAAAUGAGUAAAUGGAGAAGUUUCCAGCAGUGUUAUGACAUGCUUGUCUUUCGAUGGAAUUGUACAGUUCGAGGAAUUUACACGGCCUAGAUAAAGUGAGCCAAAAUAAUGGUCAUUGGUCAUUCAGAAAAUGUUUCGCUGCAUUGCACUUUUUGCAAGAGUUGCAGCAUAAAAUUGGGUCCUUUCUUGCUGGCAAUAAAAAUCUAUUAGUCAUUGAAGAAGGCGUUGCAUGUACUGGAGCAUAUAGUAGCAUAAAGAAAAUUAUGUAUACAUUUGUUGUAGCAACGGAUGCCUCUUGAAUGAAUCAUAGCAGUCCACUAUUUGAGUAACAAAUGGUGGUUUUGUGCUGUA